UAAAUCCAGAUUUACGCAGAAAUUUUCUAAAACCCAAGAUGCCUUGCUCAGCAGUUACGCUUUCUAUUGCAACAAUAUCCGCCAUUAUUGCAACUGCUUUAUUAGCAAUAGCGUUUUCUACAGAUAACUGGUUGUAUUAUGACGUCAAACGGAGUAAUAUUCAGAUGUUUGCUUCAAAACACUCUGAUGCGGAUGACUUAUUUAACAGCAUGAAUAAUAAAUAUUUUUACUAUACUCGAACAAGGGGAUUAUUCAGAAUAUGCUACCCAAAAGAAAGACCACCCCCAAAUUCAGUGCCAACAUAUUUAUCACCAAUAGAAACUCAUUGCUCGAAUGUAGACUAUUUUCCUCAGUGGGAUGAAGAAAAAGUUUCAAACGAAGACGCGAGUUCCAGACUCCACCUGGCUCGAUCGUGUAUUGCUUUGUUUGCUAUUAGCUUCAUCACAAUUUUCUGUGCAUUUUGGACUGGACUUUCUGGAUGUUGGAAACGGUCGUCUGGUGCUAUAACAGCUACAUCAAUUCUUUUAUUAGCAAGUUGUUUACUAUCAGCUGGUGCCAUGGGCUUGUGGCAUACUGUUGAAUUUUUUGAAAAAGAAAAGGUCGUUGGAGAAGACUAUUAUCAACAAUGGAAUACGGUGCUCAGAGAUAACACAAAAAUAUCAUACGAUUGGUCGUAUAUUAUUGCAUGGGCCGGAAUCGGUGCAUGCUUGCUAGCUGCAGUAUUGUUGUCAGCGGCUGCCAUCUGCUUAAGAAACGAACGCGAAAAAGAGGAACAGCUGAAUUUACAAUAUUUAAUGCCAGUUUAUUCACAGAAGCAACCGCCUUAUCCGCCGUAUGCUAGUUACCCACAACCGCAAAUAUAUCCAGGGCCAUAUUACCACGGGUCUCAGUAUGGACCAUAUAACUACUAAUUUUCAAAACUAUAGAUUAAGAAAAUUUUAUCACAUUAGCAAAAAAUAAUAUGAAAAUACCAUUAUGUAUAUUAUUAAUAUGCUUACUUAUUUCUAUCAAUAUAUUAUGCAGUCAUCAGGAAUGUUUCAACGUAAAGUUAAAUUAAGGAUAAGGGUAUAUUAACGAUAUUUACAAACAUAUUCAAACGCAAAUAAUUUUCAGCACCUGUUGUAUUUUCUUAAAGGUACAUUUACACGAGGCGAUUUUCUAAGCGAAUCUACAUCACUUUCAACAAAAUCGCCUGCAAGGAGAAUCCAUUCAAGAUGUUAUCAGCAGAAAAGCUGAUUUAAUUUUUUUGUUUGCUUUAGCUUUGGAAUUCACAAAAAGGAGCUCUUUAUUAACAUAUUGUUUGUUUACAUUUACAUUUGAAAAUUCGACAUAGUGUUGUGAAAAUUUAUUUCAAUAGAACGAAGAAAAGGUGUCGUUUAAAUAUUUGCAAGUGUGUUUUGGAACAGAAAUGAAUAAUUUAUCCUAUUCCCGAAUGAUUCCGUUGGCCCAUGACAUGUUAAAUUAUUGUGGAUAGUCUUCCAUCCAAUCAUACUAUACAAUUACUCGUAUGACUUGGAAUGCAUCCCCGUACCUCAUCGAAUUUUCCAGUAAUUUUGGAACUAAUCGAGGGAACAUACCUCGAGUUGAUUGUGGCAUAUCUUCAGUUAUUUUACCUUUGCAGUCAUUUGCAUUUAUAAAAACAACAAUGCGUUAGAGCAGUUAAAACAAUGCCUGAAAAUAAAUUAUUUCUGUCAAAGCGAACUCAUUCGUCUUAGAAAUAAUCAGUUUCGUUUGACAACCUGAAGGCCAAAAGCAAAAACAAAAUACAUUAUAUAUUUUGACCAAUACAAUAAUCAAUAUUUUUAUUUUUGUGCGAAUACUGUCAUCUUGAAUACAUUCGCCUUUGUCAAGUUUGUUCUAAUUUUCCAGAAAGUGAUAAAAUCGCUUGCCCCUUGACGAUUUUUUGUCUAUUCAACUUUGUUUACUCUUGUUGUGAGCUUGAAAAUUCAAACAAACAAAUUAUCAGAAAUACCCAUCAAAUCACUCUGACGAACAUAUUUUCUGACCCAUUGCCCUGUCUUAUUUGCUGGCGUAGUUUUACAAAUCUUUUCUCUGUUCAUAUUUAAUGCUUUUCUAACUUUUGUCGCCUGUUUAAAUGCGCGUGUGUGAGCAAUUUUUCUAGCAACUUUUCAGACGGUGUUGAUCGCUUACAAAGUAGCCUCAUGCAAAUGCAUCUUAAAUGAAUGAAAUUAAAUUUCAAACGAAUUCCGCCCUCUUUCAAAGGCGAAUCUGUACAAAGUGGUGUUGUUUCAUCAGCUUAUUGGUGCUAGAUUGUCAAAAUGAGAGUAUUUGUAUCAUCUAUCCCUUUUCUUUCUGCAGCCGAAAUUUGAUCAUCAAAUGUAUGUAUUUAUAAAAAAUCAAUAUGACCGUGUAUAGAUUCACCUUGCCUUUUUUUAUCCUUAUAAUUUCUUUAUAAUUGAGACGUUUAAGCAGAGGAACAUAAUAAUAUGUGGAGUAAAAAUAUUUCAUGCAGGUGUGGAAACAAACAGAUAAAUAUUAUAUAUUUACAUAAUUACCAUAGCCUCAACUGGAGUUUUUCUGGGUAUGCAGUUGUAUAGCCUAUUGAAUUUUUAAGGAAUUCAAAGAUUUUUUCACAAUUUGUUUUGUUAACGGUGCAACAAUCUUUUUUCAACAACCAAAAAAUGGCGCAAAAUUAAUUAUCCAACUAUUAAAUAUCCAACUAUUAACUAAAUAAAAAAAAUUAUUUCGAGAGAUGGAAAUCUUUAUUUUAACCUUUACGCGCUCCAUUCCUUGCUUGUUGUUAUGUUGUAGCUGUUUAGUUCACAAGCGUCAAACAUUAUUGACAUACGACACCAUUUUCAAAAAUUAUAAAUCCGGAUAGGGUACUUCAUCCAAUGUGCUAUAAACCUGCAUACCUAAAAAAUUCUUGUUAAGAAGUUCAAAGUUUCGAAAAACAUUGUGCAAAGCUUGAAACUUUGCGCUACGUGGUUUUGUUGUGGUAUGAGCUAUAUUUUUAUAAAGAAUAGUGGUGUAUUUAUAAUUUGAUAUACAUAUAUGGAAAGAAAUCGUAGGGGUACGAAUUAAUAGCGGUUAGGAAAAGUAUAUUUUGCAUAAAUAUAACCGAUUUCAAAUGAAAAUUUUCCUAAAUGAAAUUGUAUUGCUGAUAAGUAAAGCAUGAAAUUAUUUUACCAUUAAUAUUUAUUUUUUGUAUAUUCUAUACUGUACUCAUUCUAUAAUAAUACCAGACAUCAUAUAGAAUGAAAAUCAAAGACAUAUUUUCACCAAUUACAUUAUUGAAAUACUUAAA